AUGGCCUAUUAUUUUCGUAGGAGCGUUUUACCAACUCGCCUUGUUACCCGUAAAGACAUGCUUUUUCAACCACAAAAAUUUGCGUUAAGAAAUUCAAACCAUUACUUGUUUCAAUCCCCAUUUUCGAGAUAUUAUACAAACUCUACGCCUCCCCCCCAAGAAGUUUCUACCUCUUCCUCUUACCUGAAUAAAUUCGCAAAAGCCACUACAAAACGGCUUCCGAAUGCUAUAUUGGCAAAGUUAGUUGUGGCUGGUGUUAUUAGUUUGAUAUCGACGGAUCUUCUUUAUGCUUGGUAUCGGAACAGGCACAACGAGCGUCUUCUAAACAAAACUAUAGAAAAGGGCACUCGACCUAAAAUUGAUGUUUUAGAUGAUGAGUUUGUUCCCCGACCUCUAGUUGUAAAUCGUCUUAAACAAAUUCUUCAACCGGAUAUAAAACAAUCAUCUUAUCAUGUAGUUUGUGGAGAACACGGUACCGGGAAAACCAUAUUAACCAGAAUUGCAUCAAGGGAAGUAGGGCAGGGUGUCAUAUACGUUGAAAUUCCUUCUGAUCCUUCUGAUCCUAGUAAAAUAAAUAUAGAGGACUUUGGCGAUGCAUUUGGAGAAUCUCUUAACUUUAAAUUUGAGGAACAUAUUUCUUUUACGGCACAGCUUAUGAAGAAAAUAUUAGGUGGUAAUGGUAAAGUCGACGCGAGACCCAAGUGGAAAAGAGCCUUAAAAGCCUUCAAGAAUGCCGGUGCAGCGUACAAAGCAAAGUACAAUAAACUUCCAGUCAUCGUUUAUGACAACAUCAGCGGAUUAGUUGAUGUAAACCCCAAAGUUCUUGAUGCUCUUCAAAAUGAUGCCAAAAUGAAUGCUGACCACCGAAAAUACAUCGCAGUAUUUGUCAGCAGUGAAGGUUCUGUUCCUCGAAGAAUGCAGGGACGUAGUGCUAUAUCACGUGCAGAGGAACCAAUCGAAAUUGGGGACCUUACCAGAGAAGAAUCAUUGGACUACCUGGUCAAUAAGCGUGGAAUCAAGACUGUAAGUAAAGACAACAAGAUCGAUACUACUGAAGCUGAAAGAUUAUAUGAGUUAGUUGGUGGACGCAUUGUGGAUCUUCAGUCAGUGGCAAAGAAAUUUCUUGAAGGACAGAAUUUCGAAGAUAUCAAAAAGAAACAGUUUAUAAAAGCUGAGGAUAAGCUUAGAACCGCAAAACUCCUUAAAGGCGAUGAAUUUUAUGAAGUAGGAAAGUGUGUCAUUAAAGCUUUGUUAGACUCCAAAGAACUUAGCCGUAUUGCAUAUGAGGAAUUUUUUAAGAAUCGUGAUGAAGCCAAUAAAGUUUUGGGGUUAAAUGUUUUCGCUUAUCAUCCUGAACAAAAUACCGUAACCUUUCAAUCUCAACUGAUAGAAAGCUAUGUUCGGGAAAAUGCUAAUAUAUAUCUUAAGUAA